AUGUCUGCAGCAUACACUACUCCAUCACCACAGCAUCUGCAAAAUUGGUCAAUAGAAAGAUGCGGAAAUGGACCAGAAAAGUUGCAGAAAAAUUCCAUCAAUUCAAAUACUCUUAACAGGCAUAUGCGUUUCAAUGCUAUUAACGAUAACGUGGAAGAAAGCAAAGAUCUCAUCCUUUACAAUUCACAAUCUCUUUCUUUUCCUGUAAUACCGCAAUUAUGGUAUACUCCUCAACCUUUUAUACCGUAUUACUUCACCUCAUCACCGCCACAGUAUUCCCCGUUCAUACCAUAUCUGUCUUAUUAUUCGAAUGCAACGCCAAAGAUUCGACAACAGAAAUAUCAAAGCAAGAAAAUGUGUAAGUCAAGUAAAACUCAUUUCUGGUGUGCCGGAAUAGCUCAACUGUUGUGGACAAUAGUCGUGAUAAUUGCGGUUGGAUUGCUCGCAAUUUUAAUACUUGCGCUUUUUAUUGUUUAG